AUGGACUCUGCAACCACGAAGAAGACAUCCGAGCAGGAGAAGCAGGCAGAAAUCCGACGACAGAUAGCUCUUCUCCAAGCACAGCUGGACACGAGGUCGUCGAGCGUGCACACCCCUCCCUCCUCUCCCAAACGCAAGAGGUCGAAUUCGCAUCUCUUGGCACCAGCUACGCCUUCGCCGAACAAAGCGUCUCAUCGCCAGGGCGGUCGCCGUUCUGUGCCCGGGGGUGCGGGAGCAGUGUCGUCCCACUCGCGACCCAUCGCAGGGCCUUCCUUUCCAUUGAAGUCAAACAAACCAGCUCCGCCUCCUGCACCCUCCGCUGUCCUACAGAAGCUCGCACAAGCGCACAAGGCGAGAGAGAAGGCGCCCGAAACGGACGCAGUGACACGGUCAACCGCUUUUACCGCCAAAGCGGCGGUCAUACCCACCCCAACAGAUGCAGAUGGAGGAACCAGUCAUGCGCGCGACGAGGACCUGGCUCUCAUCGAAGACCUGACGCUUGGGCCGUCUGAGCACAAACCUCCGUUCGACGACUCUCACUUCGAGAAGCUUGAGCCCAACUCUGGCAUUCGACUGUCGUCACGUGUAAUACCCUACGACGACUUCCAGAACUACCUCGAAGGACGAUACUACAUCUCUCCCUCGCAGCUGUACUCAGUCGUCCGCCUCCUACCCAGCAAGCAGGGGUACGACGUUCCCGUAUCUGGUGACUGGCUUACGAUCGCUGUCAUCGCGGAGCGUGGUCCAAUGAAGUACACCCAAGCACCGGUGGGCGUCACACGCGAUGACAAGCUGCUGAACGAGGGCGAGGAUCAGAUGGAUGCGCUCCCCUCGCUCGACGGUGCUGCUCAGUCGGGGCCUUCGGCACGUCCUCCUCCGUUUCGGAAUAAACCGAAGGAAGAAGCUUCCAAAGCAAGCGGGAAGAAGUACGUCAACCUGAAGCUGAUCGACUUCGGGUGCCGGUCGCAAGGGAGCUCCGCGGACAGCGGAAAGGCAAAGAUCCGUGGCGAUGCGUUUCUUUCGCUCCUUCUCUUUGAAUCAGACACAUGCGACGUCGUGAUGAAGGAGGGUGGUAAGAAGGAGAAGGUGUAUCGUGGAGGCAGUCGCGGCGCGUUUGAGCGAAUGUCGAAACUGCGGGAAGGCGCCGUAGUCGCGUUCCUCAACCCGAAGAUCCUCAAGCCGUUUCAGCGAUCCUCCGACAGACCCCAUCCCACCGACAACAUCCUUGCCCUGACGCCGGAAUCCGACGCAUCCAUCGCAGUGAUCGGUUACGCACAAGACCUUGGCACCUGCAGAGCGACGAAGCGAGACGGCUCUCGGUGCUCGGGGUGGUGCGACAAGCGCGUCAGCGAUGUUUGCGACUACCACAUCCAACACGCCGUGGAGAGGAAGCGCGCCGCGCGGCCGGAGUUCUCGAUAGGAACGAGCGGCAUGUCGAUGGCGGCGAAGAAGAAGGCCGCGUACGAUCCUGCGCGACAGUGGGGACUGAAGCCCGAGCGCGAAGCCACAGGGGCAACCUAUGUCGUGCAGGGUCACGUCAUAUCCGGGGCAGACUCGCGCUCAAUGUACGUCGGCGAGAAUGUCGGGCGCGAUGCGCAAGCCAAGGCUGCGCGUAAGCUCUCCGCGGUCGACUCGGAGAAGGCGCUUCAACGGCUCCUCAAGCGCGAUCGCGAGGGUACAAAGAUACUGGCCUCUGCGCGCGAGUUCUCCAAGAAGCAGGCGGCGGAGCUGAAGCUGCAGGAAGGUCCGUCGAAGAAGAGGAGACGGAAGGCGGCCAAGGAUCCCGAGAGCGACGAGGAGGGCGAGGACGACGCUGCGAGCGACGAGGCCGGUCAGAAACCGCGGGGCAACGCGUACUCGGCGACGCUCAUCAAGCAGUUGGGGUUCGACCCCACAGCGAAGAACGGCCAGAAGGUGAAGGACGACAACGUCCAGAGCAAGCUCGACGCCCUCGCAUCCCUGCAAGCAAGUCGCAAGAUUGAGCUCGGACCACGGCCUGGAAAGAGGAAUACGUGCGUGUGGAAACCAAAGCCAUCCGACGUGCCUGGAACAUCUGCCUCAGGGUCGUCUACACCCGCCACCCACGACGAUUUGGAGUACGCUGACGAGCCGGACUCGCCGCUCCGGAUUCCUGAUAGCGACGACGACGAGUUAGAGAAAGCCGAGGUCUCGGCAUUCGGGCGCCCCAUAGGACUGUCUGCGGAGAAGCUGGUUGACCUCGACGACAGCGAUGAGGAGGCUGGGCCUAGCAAGUCCAAGUGA